AUGCGAUCAUUGAAUGCGACAAUUUGUGGAGCUCAAAUUGCACAAAAGGCAAAGGAAUUCGCACUUAAAAUGGGCUGGGACUUUGAGCCAACUGCUGGUUGGAUGUGGCGUUGGCAGCGACGUGAAAAUAUUAAAUUUAAAAAAAUUCAAGGCGAGGCAGCAGAUGCUGAUACUACGGCGGCGGAAAACUACCGCAAUGAAGUUUUAAAUACCUUAAUAAAGGACUACGAGCCAGGCGAUAUAUUUAAUGCGGAUGAAAGCGGUCUUUUUUACAAGGCUCUUCCAAGCGGAACGUUGUGUAAAGGAGGAGACAAGGCGGUGGGCGGUAAGGCACAAAAGGCCCGCCUGACUCUGUUAUCUUAA